UACAAAACAUAUACGUAUUUAAUAUUCUAAAAAUGACAGAAAAAGUACCUUUAAAACCAAAAAACAAGGGUCUAUCGAGAGAAGAACUAAUAAAUAUGGAUAAAAAUGAGCUAGUUGAUAUAAUAAAACAAUUGGAAGCGCAUAAUACGCAAUUAAAGAAUAUUAUAAGUAAGAAUUUAGAAGAUAAGAAUGGUAAAGAAGCAAUAAACAAACAGAAGAAUUACGAUUUUUCAAAAUGUCACUAUCGUAGAAUACUGCUGAGAAUUUUAUACUUCGGAUGGGACUAUCAAGGACUUGCCGUACAGGAAGACUCGACCAAAACAAUUGAACAUCAUCUAUUUCAUGCACUAACCAAGUCUUGUCUUAUAGAAGCUAGGGAGAACUCAAAUUACCAUAGAUGUGGACGGACGGAUAAAGGUGUCAGUGCUUUCGGACAGGUCAUAUCAAUAACAGUCCGAAGUAAGCACGCUCCAGCAGAACAAAGUAAUGCAGACUCCAUGUCUACUGAGAUACCGUACUGCAAGAUUCUGAAUAGGUUGCUACCGAGGGAAAUUAGAGCUGUCUCUUGGAUGCCUAUACCCGAUGAUAAACCUGAGUUUAGCGCAAGAUUCGACUGUAAGAAAAGAAAAUAUAAAUACUAUUUUCCUAAAUCAUCUUUAAAUAUUGAAGCAAUGAAGGCAGCGUGUUCAGAGCUAGUGGGAUCUCAUGACUUCAGAAAUUUCUGUAAGAUGGACGUCGGGAACGGGGUUGUGGAGUAUACGAGGGAAAUAUUGAGCGCUACAAUAUUGCCUUUUGACGUAAACGAUGUGGAUAACCCCACUUCUAUGUACGUAUUAAUAAUAGAGGGCAACGCUUUCCUCUGGCAUCAAAUAAGAUGUAUAAUGGGUAUCUUAUUACUAGUGGGGCAAGGUCGAGAGUCCCCUGACAUUGUUCAAGAGUUGUUAAAUAUUGAUAAAAAUCCCAGAAAGCCCCAAUACGGCAUAGCUCUGGACACGCCUCUCAAUCUUUACGAAUGUAGUUAUGAGGUUGACAACCACUGGAUUUAUGACGAGAAUGAACUAAAAAUUAUCAUUAAACACAUACAAAAUGAGUGGACAGUAUCCAAUGUUAAAACAACGAUGAUGAGAGACUGUCUCCAGAGCUUAGAAGAAUUAUAUCACAACAUGAAAGAGACAAAAGAUGGUGAUAAUAAUAAAAGUGAAAGAGAUAGCGUCACAUCUCAUACGGACUGCUUGUUACAGGGUGUUCAAUCAAAAGUUUACAAGCCUCUGUUGAAGAGACAAACUUGUUCAAGCCUAGAAGAGAGAAUAGAAUACUACACGAAGAAACGAAAAACCGAAACUGAAUUAGAAAACAAGAAAUAAUAAAUAUUAAUAAAGUAUAGUACAUAA